CAUAUACAGCCAGACUCCAUAGCCGUCCUCCUCACAUGUCAUCAACAUCAGAAGCUCACCCCUCUCUCUGUGGAUAAAGUCCUUCCAGCCUCGAUAGGAGGUGACCAUCUUCCCAACCUCCACACAUGUAGUCGACUGUACUUCUACUGCUCCCGAAGUGAACAGAGGUCUUGUACUUGUGAGUCAGGAAUUUCUUGGGUUCGCUCACGCAAACCCUACUGCAAACUGGAGCAUUGGGAUUAUCACAUCAACCUGUUCGAUCUCCCUUUCCAUCCUCCAUAUUAACGGCAACAAGUAGAGAUCCCAAAGCACACACAACCCUCUAUAUAUGCCCUGCACAAACACCAAAUCCACUUCUCUACUGCUAUUCUGUACUGGUUUGCCUCCCCUUCUCUCUCUCUCUCUCUCUUUCAACAUAUGAUGCAAUUCACUACAAGUGUACCACUGCUGCCUCCUAUCGGUCCCGAUGGGUUAAGCCUGUUGUUGGAAGAGGACGACGCGCCGAAGCCCUCCUUAGGUGGUUCGUGGCCGUGGCGUGGCCGCCUUCUGGCCUCCCCCAAGACCCUCGGCAGCUUCAACACCGCCAGCUGCAUGGAGCAGCUGCUCAUCCAUUUCGCCAACGCCAUCGAGAGCAACGACGCCACCCUCGCCCAGCAGAUCUUGUGGGUUCUCAACAACAUCGCUCCUCCGGACGGCGACUGCAACCAGCGCCUGACGUCCGCUUUCCUCCGCGCCCUUGUCGCCCGAGCCUCGAGGACCGGCUCCUGCAAGAUUCUCACGGCUGUGGCGGCACGUGCCGACGCCGAACUCGCCCUCCACCUCCAUCGCUUCUCGGCCAUCGACCUUGCCAACUUCAUCGAUCUAACUCCCUGGCACCGCUUCGGCUACGCUGCUGCGAACGCUGCCAUCGCAGAGGCGGUCGAGGGGCUGCCCCUGGUCCAUAUCGUCGAUCUCAGCACCACCCACUGCAUGCAGAUGCCGACCCUCAUCGACCUGCUAGCCAAUCGUCCCGAAGGCCCGCCGUUCAUAAGGCUCACCGUUUCAGGCCUCACGACGACUGCGGCGCCGCCGAUUCUGAACAUGACGUACGAUGAAUUGGGGUCGCGGCUGGUCAAUUUCGCGCGUUCUAGGAACGUAGCUAUGGAGUUCGUAGUGAUCCCUACUGAUCCCAGCGAUGCGUUCGUUUCACUGAUCGAACAACUAAGGGUUCAACAGUUAGUCUCCGAAGGCGAAGCCCUGAUCGUGAACUGUCAGAUGCUGCUGCACUACAUACCAGAGGAGACGGUCGGAGUGAUCGCCUCCACCACGAACGUAAGUCCACCAAUGCUCUCCCUCCGGACAUUGUUCCUCAAGGCUCUACGAAGCCUGGGGCCUACACUGGUGACGGUGGUGGACGAGGACGCCGACUUCACGGCGUGCGACGUGGUCAGGAGGCUGCGGUCGGCGUUCAACUACCUGUGGAUCCCGUAUGACGCGGUGGACACGUUUCUACCCAAGGGGAGCGAGCAGCGGCGGUGGUACGAGGCCGGGGUGGGGUGGAAGAUCGAGAACGUGAUCGCGGAAGAGGGUGUGCAGAGAGUGGAGCGGUUGGAGCGGAAGGGGAGGUGGGCGCAGAGGAUGAGGGCCACGGGGUUCCGGUCGGUGCGGUUCACGGAGGAGGCGGCGGGGGAAGUGAAGAGCAUGCUGGACGAGCACGCGGCUGGGUGGGGGAUGAAGAGGGAUGAGGAGGACUUGAUGCUCACUUGGAAAGGGCACAACGUGGUGUUCGCCACGGCUUGGCUGCCUGCUUGAAAGCAACAGUACUAUUGCAUUGCAAAUUAGACUGCCUCUUAAUGUUAACACGAAGGGCAUCAUGCAAGUCCCUUAAUCAUGCAGUAGUAUUCAUUGCUUAGAUUAGCAUUUUAGUAUCAAUUCUCAACUCUCUCUCUCUCUCUCUCUGACUUGCAGUAAUAUUACAUGAA